GGGAGAGAGGGAUACUGAGAGCAUCAUCGAUGGCCCAGUCACAGGGGGAGCUGACACAGUGGUUUAUACAGCAGAGCUGUGAGACUGAUUGACCCCCUCAACACUUCUCCAUUUGGUGCUACAAUAACACAGCCAUGCCACCCCCAGCUGACAUCGUGAAGGUGGCUAUUGAGUGGCCGGGUGCUAAUGCUCAGCUUAUAGAGAUGGAUCAGAAAAGACCUUUGUCCUCAAUAAUACGGGAAGUAUGUGAUGGCUGGUCUUUGUCAGGCUCAGAGCAGUUUGCUCUGCGUUAUGCUGAUGGGCCACAGCUUUAUAUCACUGAGCAGAGCCGCGGUGAAAUCAAAAACGGGACCAUCCUUCGAUUAGCCAUUUCACCUGCUCGGGCUGCUCGUCAGCUCCUGGAGAGGAUCCAGUCCCACGGUAUCGACGCUCGCCUUGAGGCUCUGAAAGAGCUCGCCAAGCUGUCAGCAGACCCAACCUUCGCCACAGAGUUCAUCAACAUGGAAGGCAUUGGGACACUGGCACGUCUUGUAGAGAGUGGCACCCACUUCGGUGAAAUGUUGGCCUUCACUCUCACUGCCUUCCUGGAACUAAUGGAUCAUGGCAUUGUGUCCUGGGACCUUAUUUCGCUCUCCUUCAUCAAACAGAUCGCAGGGUAUGUGAACCAGCCAAUGGUGGAUGUGUCCAUCCUGCAGCGUUCUCUGGCCAUCCUGGAGAGCAUGGUCCUUAACAGCCACAGCCUCUACCAUCGAGUGGCCCAGGAAAUCACCGUGGGACAGCUCAUCGGGCACCUGCAAGUGUCAAAUCAGGAGAUCCAGACCUACGCCAUCGCCCUCAUCAAUGCUCUGUUCCUGAAGGCACCAGAGGACAGACGGCAGGAGGAGUAUACUAACCCGCUGGAGCAGCACCUCACUGAAAUGGCAAGCACUCUGGCCCAGAAACACCUGCGAUCCAUCAUCCUCAAUCAUGUUAUAAGAGGAAAUCGACCAAUCAAAGCAGAAAUGGCACAUCAGCUGUAUGUGCUGCAGGUGUUGACCUUUAACCUUUUGGAAGAACGAAUGAUGACCAAAAUGGAUCCUAAUGAUCAGGCCCAGAGAGAUAUCAUUUUUGAGCUGCGUAGGAUCGCCUUUGAUGGAGAAAAUGACCCCACUGGUACAGAGAAGAGAAAGGCCAUGUACACCAAGGACUACAAGAUGCUGGGUUUCACUAACCAUGUGAACCCAGCCAUGGAUUUCACCCAGACUCCUCCUGGGAUGCUGGCUCUGGAUAACAUGCUGUAUCUGGCCAAAGUUCACCAGGACACGUACAUCAGGAUUGUCCUGGAGAACAGCAGCCGAGAGGACAAGCAUGAAUGUCCCUUUGGCCGGUGUGCCAUCGAACUCACUCGAAUGUUGUGCGAAAUACUCCAGGUUGGAGAGUUGCCUAAUGAAGGCUGCAAUGACUACCACCCCAUGUUCUUUACCCAUGACCGGGCAUGGGAGGAGUUCUUCUGUGUCUGUAUCCAGCUGCUUAAUAAAACCUGGAAAGAGAUGAGGGCCACAACUGAGGACUUCAACAAGGUGAUGCAGGUGGUCCGUGAGCAGAUCACCAGGGCUCUGGCAAUGAAGCCGUCGUCUUUAGACCAGCUGAAGAAUAAACUGCGAGGCCUCAACUAUUCAGAGAUCCUGCGUCUGCGGCAGUCAGAGAGAAUGAGCCAAGACGACUUCCAGUCUCCACCUAUCAUUGAGCUGCGGGAGAGAAUUCAGCCCGAGAUCCUAGAGCUCAUCAAGCAACAGCGACUCAACCGGCUGUGUGAGGGAAGCUGCUUUCGUAAGCUGGGGAACCGCCGAAGGCAAGAGAAGUUUUGGUUCUGCAGACUCUCACUGAAUCACAAAGUGCUGCACUAUGGGGACCUUGAUGAGUCUCCUCAGGGUGAAGUGCCUUUUGAACUCCUCAGUGACAAGAUCCCCGUAUCAGAUAUCAAGUCUGUGGUAACAGGGAAGGACUGCCCUCACAUGAAAGAAAAAAGUGCUCUGAAACAAAACAAGGAGGUGCUGGAGUUGGCCUUUUCUGUCCUCUAUGAUCCCGAUGAGACGCUCAAUUUUGUUGCACCCAACAAGUAUGAGUACUGCAUCUGGACUGAUGGGCUGUGUGCGCUGCUGGGCAGAGAGAUGGGCAGUGACCUGACGCGCAGUGACCUAGAUACUCUCAUCAGCAUGGAGAUGAAGCUCCGCCUCCUCGACCUUGAGAACAUCACUAUCCCCGAGGCCCCGCCUCCUGUGCCGAAGGAGCCUAGCUCGUAUAACUUCACAUACAACUACAGCUGAGAUGUGUGUGUGUGUGCGUGCGUGUGUGCGCGUUUGCACUGCAUGUGUGUGUUUAUCAAGGACAA